AAUAAAUUAGAAAAAUUUGUCAACCACGAAGGCCGAUGCUGAGUAUAAGUAUAGGGGUUUCUCGUUCACUAGCAUUGUAGUCGAUCACCAACCGUCUAAUCAACAACCAUGAACGCUUUGACCAUCGCCGUAUUCGCCUGCUUGGCCAUCUGCGCCUAUGCAAAACCCAGCGGAGUCUACGCAGGACAUGGUCACGCACUCGCUCACGCCGUCAACGUAGUCCCAGCUGGACCAACAACUUUGAUUGGAGCUUCUGGUGUAGUUGGACCUCAUGGAGCAUCCGGACCCACCGGUAGCGUUAACGGACAUGGCGCUAUUGGACCAAAUGGUGAACACAAUGCACCCGCUCAUCACGGUGCCAUUAUUGCUGCACCCGCUGUUGUAGCGGCGCCCGCCGUUGUUGCUGCGCCAGGAUUCGUCGGUGGUCACGGUCUCGGCUAUGGUCUUGGAUAUGGACACGGAAUCGGUCUUGGCUAUGGGCAUGGUAUUGGUUAUGGACAUGGUAUCGGUUAUGGACACGGUAUCGGUCUUGGAUACGGACAUGGUGGUUACUGGCAUUAGAAUUUUACUUGUCAAAAUUGAUUAUCGAACAAAUGCUCAUUUUUCUCACUUCUUCUUAUCUUACACUGUAAAUACCCCAUGUAAAAUAUUUAU